AUGGAAGACGCUGCGCAAAUAGUCAAAAUAAUAACAAAAGAAGAGGCUUCAUGUGUGGAAAUAGACGCCUUUCUGCAGAGAAUGCAGGCGCAGGAGAGCUUCUCCAUACCACAGUCUCUUUUGGUGGACUACUUGAAAGCAAGAAGCAGAGAAGUGGUUAUGGAAGGGAAGAGGCACUGCGAGAAAAAGGCUGAAAUCGCGCGGGUGUACGCAGAGUACACUCAGUACCUCACCAGCGUUCUGGAGCUGCACGACAACAAGGAGAUAUUUAUGGGCCCUCGGGUGCGCUCUCUUGUCCAAAAGUCCAUAAGCUCCCAGUACAUAACAAGAGAGGACAAGCUUUUUCUGCUGGAGGAGAGAAAGAGCGCGCACGACUCUCUCCUGUUUCAGUUCGACAUGAACAAAGCGCUUGUGUACGUUUGUGUGCAUUUGGUUGGGCGCAUGGAGAUUCUCAGAAUAGAGAAAAGCCUUCUGGAGCUGUCCCCUGACGCGCCGGGCGAGUCCGCGCCGAGCACCGAGCCGAGAAAGAGCAUGUUUGUGCAAAAGGUGCCGAGCACCGCCGCACACCCUAUCAGGAUAAGCGGAAGAGCCUCGCACUCGGACAUACAGGCGAUGCUCGCGCCCGAGAACGGCCCCAGCAUGUCGAUAGAGCAGUACGGCGAAAGAAUGCUUAAGCAGAUGGAGAAAAUGGGCCUGUCCAUCGAGCCGGUCGUGCAGAGCGCCUCCACAGCACCAGAGGACGAGGACCUUUUCAACGAAGAAAGCAUGCAGCACGACACCGAGGAGGAAAGAAAGAAAAAGGAAAAGGACCAGCUCCACUAUGGAGACGGAAACCGGCUUGGCAGAAAAUAG